ACGCUACUGGAACUAUCGAUAAAUCUUGAAGAUUUGCCGAAAUUUCAUACAGCCGGAACAGCGGGAAAGGUGUAAAGAUGAAAGCGUCUUUAUUGUAAAGAAAAAAAUAUGUCACCGUUCCACGGUAUGGCUGUUAUAUUGCUCGGAAUUGGAUACCUGUUACGCGUCGAACCGGCCUUCGAUCAUCGGAACUCAGCGGCGAAACGAUUCGACGAUGAGAUCGAGAGAGCGGAACAGCAACGCAUGCAUCGAGGAACGAAGAGAACUUAUUUUUACAAAGAUUCACCGGAAAAAGUGACCGUCGUUGUGGGACAAACUGUCGUGCUGUCGUGUCGAGUCAAGAAUUUGGGGAACAGAACCGUGUCUUGGAUUCGAAAAAGGGACUUGCACAUCUUAACGUACAUGUCCGUGACUUAUACAAGCGACGCAAGAUUUACGAUAGUUGGCAAUCCGAAGAACGAUGACUGGAAUCUGCGAAUAGAUUACGUACAACCACGGGACGCUGGUAUUUACGAGUGUCAAGUUAAUACGGAGCCCAAGAUAUGCAGGGCGGUUGCAUUGAAAGUUUUGGACGUACAGGCAAAGAUUUCGGGUCCCGAGGAAGUGUACGUGAAGAAGGGCAGCACGAUCAGUUUAACUUGCACCGUGGACGCACAAGAGAUUCCUCCGAGCAACGUGACAUGGUAUCAUGCCGGUGCGCCUAUCGAUUUCGACGGUCCAAGGGGUGGAGUUUCUUUGGAAACGGAAAAACGUAAAAACGGCACCAGCAGCAAGCUACUAAUAACGCGCGCUUUGAUCAACGACAGCGGCAAUUACACGUGCGUCUCGGGCAAGGUUGCUCCGGCUAGUGUGACUAUUCACGUGUUGAACGGCGAACAUCCUGCGGCGAUGCAGCACGGCGGCACCAGUAACGCGAACAGAAGAGCAAUUUUCUUCAGUCUGCUCCUGUUGGUGGAUACGAUAUUGCGGUGA